UCUCCUCUUCCACCAUCUCCUCAUCGACGGGUCUUCCCUAUCCUUUUGUCCCUUGAGUACCCAUCGCCUCAGGGACUUGUAUUGUUCAUGGAUGGCUGAAACCUUCCAGAUUGUCAUAGAUGAUACUUCACCGAAUCUAUCCUAUUUCCCAUUCUCCGACACGCUCAAUGGCAUCCCGGACCUCGCUGCCGGCUGGAAUCCUUACUUUACAGACUCGGGCUUCCCCUCGUCGUUGGGUACGCAGGGUAAUGGCAGCAGUCUCCACCUCACCUCAUUCGAUGGAGCUGCGUUCUCUUUCAACUGGACUGGGAGUGGCGUCCAAAUCUUCGGGAACCGGUCCUCAUCCGCCACUUAUGAUCUACGCCUCGACGGCCAAACAAAUUCAUCUAUAUCGACAUUCUCAGCACUGGAUCCGACUCUACUCGCGUCCUACGACGACCUCGACAACGAAGACCAUACUCUAACACUCAUAGUUCGCAAUCCAAGCAACUUAUCAUCCACCCUGAUUGCCAUCGACCGAGUUGCCAUCUCUGUUCCAUUAGGUUCACCGAACUCGACUGUCUCUAAUGUCGUUACAACAGACACCCAUCUUUCGUUUGUCGGCGAAUGGUCGUUCGAACAAAACGCCCUCACAUCGGAUGACGCUACCUUUCACACGACCUCAAAUAAAGGAGAUCAAGCGUUCUUUAAUUUUAGUGGCUCUGCCGUCUCUAUAUCCGGGUUUCGUGAUAUAGGGUCGGGUAACUACACGGUACAGCUCGAUGAUGAGGUCUACAGCUUAAACGGAAAAUCGUCAUGGAAAGAAGCCACCCAGCUCUUUUUCAAGACAGGACUGAAUCCCGCGGUCUCACAUCAGCUGACCAUUACGAACGCUGAAGACGGCUUGCUUGCUGUCGGUGCCAUCAACGUAACUACUGUUUCUGGUAUCCCCGCAAUGAACUCUUCCUCUCAUGGCCUUGGUGGAGGGACCAUCGCAGCCAUCGUUGUCGCGUGCGUCCUCGGGUUCUUGGUAACCUGUGCACUUCUCUUUCUUUUCCUACGUCGUCGGCGCGCCAUUCGCUCUCGACAGUCCCGUUCGCCAACCCACCCAAGCUCCGUGCUUGACAUCGGGCGGGGGAGCUUCCACGACGACGAGCCAAAGGACAAGAGUCCAGCGCAUGCGAGUCUAAGCUUCACGCUUGAGCUCCCGAUCACCAACCGACCUCCGACAAACUCACAGCGGGCCUACUCGGAGGAUUUGGUACAACCCAUUCCGCGCAGCCCGACGGUAUCGUUGAAACGCUCGCAAGGCGCGCAUGCGCGCGAUUCCAGUCUAGGCGCACUUUUGUCUGAUGCCCCUGCGGAUAACCUACUCCCCGAAGUAACAUCUCACAGUCCAUUCCGACCAGAUCUUAAUAUCGAGCCCCGAAAAACCCAUAUUGUUCCCACCGUUGCACUGUCUCCUCGAAAUUCACAGGCAGGACCGCCGCCAAUCGCACCAUUACCUCCCAUUCCCACCGUUAAUGUCGUCGCAAGCUCGCCAGCCCACUCCCAGCCCGUUCCCGACGAAGCUGACAACUCAGAAACCAUCUUUUCCUUCCUCGACAUCUCCUCUUCUGGUUCUCCUUCCAUUCAUCAAUCUCCUGCACAGCGUUCGUCCUCGUUAUCAUCGUCAUCGGUCUCUGCGCGGCAGAACCGGGCGAGCCACCUCAGUCAAUCGAGCUCGCUAUACGCACCGAACAGGCCCAUCAGUUAUGCACCUGAUCGGCCUAUAUCACUUGGAUUUGCGUUUGAUUACCAUCGUAGUCUUCCCGCGCCGUUACCCACAAUUCCAGCAGCCCCUACACCCGUAGGCUCACCGGUUGGUCGUCCAACCUCAAAUGUGGCGCCGGGUCCUGUCUUUCCCAUUCGACCCUUACCGCGAAUACCAGCGCCUGCAGCUGGAGAGGAUGCGGUGCAGCCACCACAGUCUGCGCCUCUUUUGCAAUCUGACCAGACUCCGCCCAGCCUCCGCGUCGAGACAGAACACAUCCGCCCGCGAGCACGACAUCGUUCGAUGUCCGCUUCAGGAGCGUCCGUGUCUGGUCUCGCCACUAGCAGCGGCAACGGCACAGGCAACACUGCUGGAAACAUUUUUCUUCGCAACCUCUCCCAUCUCCAUCCUCCUUCGGCCAACAUUGGCAUCUCGCCCACUGACAGCAUCCCAGCCACUGUAUCGGAUAUUCAUUUCAGACACGAGGACUCCGAACCAGACUCCGACGACAUCACACCUUCGCCGGAAGGUGAUAGGAUGGGUGGUUCACAUCGCCCGCCUCACCCACCCCUACCCCAAAGGGCUUAUGCCUCACCAUUCAUCGUGCAGAAACUCUUCGGAGAUCAAAUCGCCUUCGGCAGGAGCCCUGGUCAAGCGUCUACGGCAGCUACGGGUGUUUCAUCGGGGUCGUCGACUGUUUUACCGGACAUCGCUAGCCUAAGGAGGUUGCCACCAGUUACCGGUUCAUCACUGGGUCGUGGCCAUGAACGAGGUCAAAGUUUGCCGACGCUUGGUCCGGUAUCGUACAGUCCUGGGAUGGGACGGGAGCCGCAGUCAGCGAGAGAGCAGCCACAAGCGAGGGUAAGGAGUCAAAUUCAGGAGGAGGAAGGAGAAGAGGUGUCGCCGCAGCUAAGGUUUGCACCGGGGUUGGGUAGACCCAGUGGGAGACGGUGAGGAAGGCUGCCACGCAUGACGGUAGCACGCGGCCGUGGGUGGACUACGAAUGAUCUCUGCAUGCCAUCCUUUCGAACAGGUUUCGAGAAUUGCUAUCUUCUUCAUGAACAUUGCGGCCACGGACGAAGAUGUUUUUGUUGUACCAUACGGACCAAAAGUCCUUCAUUUUUGCUUCUCCUACUGCAUCUUUGUGUCCCGCUUUCGAGUUCAGUGUUGUUGCUAAUGUCGGUGAUCACACACUGCCUACAGUUCUUUUCUUGUCGUAUCUCUGCAUUUUGAUUUACUCUUUCAUCUAUCAACCAUUUUCACUUCAUACCCAACCCCACAUUUAUGGAUUUGCUUUCGACGAUGCUCUGAUCCAGAGACACUCAUUCCCUUGCGUUGCUCGUGCAUGUGUCCAUACGCUCCUUCGCUUUUCGCAAGUGUUCCAGUCCACUUCUACUUCUUUUCGAUUUUUGGGCUUCGCGGUUUGACCUAUCUGUAGUGUACAUUGUACGAUAUUAUACUUGGCGGUGUAUGGCCGUUCGAGCAGCUGAGUGUAGCACAUCUAAAAUUCUUCCUUGCAUUCAUCGAUGCCCAGAGCUUGCAAGCAACUUACUCAUGCGAUUCCAAGCGGGUAUCUAUUUGAAUCCAAAUCCGUUUACAUGCAGC